ACAGAGUAAAAGGGAUUUAUUUGGGUUUAGACCCCAUUGGGAGUUGGGCAUCUGAGAGUUAAAGACAGGAACACUUCUGUUAGCUGCUUUCAGGUAAACCUGCACUUUGGGGCAAGUAAUUCAGACCCUGGGUCUGUGCUGGAGCAGACGGGAGUGUCUGGCUCAGCAAAACAGGGUGCUGGGGUCCUGAGCUGGCAGGGAAAGCAGGGGUAGAAGUAAUCUGGGCACAUCAGGUGGCAGCUCCCAGUGGGUUUCUGUGAUCCAACCUGUCACAGUGGCGUAGUUGGCAGGAUUUGUGCACCUCUGAUUGCUUUGAGGUCCAGGUAGUGAUGUUAAGUGAGUUUUGAGGGUGGUGGCUGGAGAACAGACCAAGUGGUUACUGGUUUGUUAUUUUCUGUUUGCUUAUUUUGGAUAAGGAAAGUAGGGACAGAAAAGGAAGCAAACUAAGUAAGAAAGGAGAUCUGAAGGUGCUAAAACUGCACAGGGUGCAAAUUGCCCAGAAAGGCUGAACACUGGGAACUGUGAAAGUCUCUGUUAACUAAGAAUCCCCUGAGCUGAGUGCAUCCCAGUUUUAGUGAACUGCAGAGGGGGUGUGGCCCAGAAGAAGAAAGCAAGAAAAUGAGUACCAGUGAAGCAGCUAACAAACUAGAGCUGGCUAGACUGGAAGCAAAGAGAAAGAAAAUGAACAUAAAAGAGUAAUGGAGAGGGAGGAGGUUGCCCACGAGAGAGCUAUGGAGGCAGAGACAGCAAGGGUGGAGGCAGAAAAAGCCAGGGAAGAGGCUGCCCACAAGAGAGCUAUGGAGGCCCAGAGGCAUGAACUGGCUGUAAGGGAGCUGAAGAGACAAAACUCUCCACCUGCUGUCUCCACUUCCCCAAAAAGCCCUAAAUGGGAGCAACUGUGUCCACAGUAUGAGGAAUCCAGCGAUAUUGCCGAAUAUUUCCUCACCUUCAGGAGACUGGCCAGCCUGCAUGCCAACCCUGAAGAUCAAAAGAUGACCACAUUGAUAGCAAAAUGGACUGGUAGAGGUCUGGACAUAUUCAGUAAGAUGCCUAUUGAUGAUGCUUCAAACUAUGGUAAAUUUGAGGAUCUGGUUUUGAAAGAGUUUCAGAUUACACCUGAAACCUACAGGGUUAAAUUCAGAAGUCUUAAUAGGGGAUGUGGAUUGAGUAAUGUGGCUUAUGGCAAUGAAAUGAGAGAUUUGGUAGACAAGUGGCUGCAGGGCAAAGGCAUUACAAGCUUCGAAGGGAUGUGUGAUCUGGUUACACAGGAACACUUCCUGAAUAUGUGCAGUGAUGAUGUAAAACAGUAUUUGUGAGACAAAAAGGUAAAUGCAGGGGCUGAAUUAUAUGGGUGUGCAGACUCUUAUGAGCAAGCACAAGCUACAAUCAAACAUAAACCACUGGGAGAGGGGUACAGGGUUGUGGGAAAGCAGAAUCACCGUUUUACCCCUGGGGAAAAAGGAGGCUGGGCAGUCACCUCCCCAUUCCCUUGGUACUCGUCCCAAAUUUCCUAUGCAAGCAGAAGAGCCCAUGAGGUGCUAUGAUUGUAAGUCAGCUGAGCACCUGAGGACUAAGUGUCCCUUUUUUGAGUAGAAACAAGCAACAAGUAACACAUGAAGCUGCGCCUUCUCAGAGCCAGGCUGUGGCCUGUUUCCACACAGGAUUUGUGAAGCUUGCUUCACACAACCAAGCAAUGAGCAUAUGCAUGCUCUUAAAAUGAAUAGUGCAGUGCUUCUUGGAUUGAGGGACACAGGUGCUGAGAUUUCUGUGGUCAGGAGGGACCUUAUCUAUAAGAAAGAUUUGUUGCCAGGUAAAAUGGCAGAAUUAGAGCUGUUAGUGGGUUACAAAGUCUUUGCACCUUUAGCUAAAGUACACAUGCAAACUAAGGAUUUGCAGGCCGAACUGACUGUUGCAACGGUGGCACACAAUUUUGCAGCGUUUCUACUGGGAAACGAUUUCUUUAGUGUGGCAGAAUGUGUCCCAGGGCUGGUUAGCAGUGAGAAGGAAUCCUGAAGUAAAAGCCCCAGGGGGGAGAGGUUGGUGCGGGGUGAAGUCACAUGGACUGCUGGGGGAAUAGGAGGGUGUCUCUUAGAUUGCUCUGCGGUAGUAAAGAAUGCAGCUUUAGGGGCAGGGAUGGUUGUGGCUAGUUCCUGUAGUCCUGGGGCUGAAGGAAAGUUCCAGAGGGAGGGGCUGGACGAAGCCAGCUCCUGUCCCGUAAUCAUCUCCCUGGGCAAGGAGGAUGUGCCACCUUGUAACGGGGGCCACCACAGGUGCUGACUGCCAGGAAGUUGCAGGUCAGCAGGGAUGGGGUGCAUAGAGAGGUGUCCCAAAGGUGGAAGUUGGGGUCCUGGUGACCUCUGUGGUGGAAACAGACCCCAAGAUCUCAGUAGCUGGAAGCAAACCCAACCUGAGUGAAAAGGGGGGAAUUUUGCUGGCCAGUGAAGAGUCUGCCAUAGCUGGUAGCUGUGAGCCCACAGUUGGACCAAGGGUCACCUUCCCUUUCGGGGGACACAGGAGUGUCUGACUCAGAGGGGAGUCCAGAGAUUGAAGUCAAGAUUGAAGGGGGGGACAGACAGUCUGCCCACCUUUUGUGGGAAGGGACUUUCCCAGAAGGAGGGUGAAAAGUUUGCAUUUCAGAUGCCAGCCCCUUCUUCUGUUGAUCAGUUUUAAGGGAAACCUGGGGGUCAGAACUCCUGAAAGGGGGAGUCCAUCCAGCUGACCUAUUGGGAACAGAAAGUGGGGUGCCCAAAGGGGUCCAGAGUACCCCUUUGAAAGAUGUUGUUCUUCUUAUGCCCGUAAGAGAUAAAACUCUCUCUCCAAAAGGGGUUGGGGGGUCGGAAUCUCUGCAUGGGUGGUACUUCCCAAUGGAGUGAGGUCCAGCCCAGAGAAAUUCCAGAGGGAGGGGCCGAGGGCAGGCAUGAUUGCAGUACACCCUCUCCUUGCCCAAGCCUCAACCACAUGCCUGAAUUAAAAGCCUUCUCCAAAGAGGCAGAGUGCCUACCAGAGGGUAUAAAGAACUGGGAAAAUGCUAUAGACACUAAAUGAGUCAAACUGAGUGAACGAAGACUGUUCCCUGUAGAUUUGCUAUUAACCUUGUGUCUUUUGCUAAUUCACCUAUGGGAUAAAACAAAGGAAUUUGUACUAGUGAUAAAGCCUUUAAAGAUGUGGGACAUCCCGGCUUUGUGGAAGAAACUGUUGUACAUGCUAGGGAGGGUGACAGAAGAGCCCCACCAGGCAUGUUACUUUUAAGCCUAUACCUGUAAACAGUCUGGAAGCUUGGCACAGCAGCAAAAGCAUAACAGGCCCAUGCUGUUGUGUAGAAGGGGAAACUGAGGCACACCGCCUCAUGGCAUUGGUAGCUAAAUGCCAAAACACCUCCACUGUAAAAGAUAUUGCUGUCUGCAUUCUGUUAACAAUACUACAGCCCAACCUGUUUUCCGGCAUCUGGGGACCAGGAACCCCAAAACUGGCUAGGACC